AUGCACCGGGACUACGUCGCACCCAUCGUUGGGUCAGACUACCCGACUGGUUGCACGUUCCAGAUCGGCGAAGAUGGCAACCCCGACCCCACCACCUACCACCCAGUGCGCUUCCGACAGUGCACGGCCAACCUGGCCCUCGACGCCCUCAUCGCCGCCGAACACCACCUACACGCGCAGCGUGGUCAGGACUCCCGGUGGCACCUCGGCCCGACCAGGGCGUCAUGCUCAGGUCACCCGCAGACUCGUCUGCAUGGUUACCAACAAAGUCUCUAUGGAAUUCAGGUGCACCACAACAUCGACCAUUUGUUCGGCGCACCUCAACUCUCCGCUGUGGCCUACCAUCGCCGGCCCAAGACGUUCCACAGCAGCGUCAUGGUCGUAGAACCGACGGCCGCUCAUAACACCUUCAGAAAGUUACAGAAAUUGGCCCGAAAUUGCGUGGAUUCGUUCGACUUUAGCAGUUGUGCCGACCAAAUCCUCAAUCGUCACUUUAAGAGAUGGCACAAGCUGCCACAGACCUACUGCUCCGAGGUCAGCAGUUCGUUUGCCUACGUUCCUCCAGGAGGAGACGCUAACACACUUUCACCAGAGAUACGGGUCUCGUGGUUUUCUGGAAACACCUGGAAGCCGUGGAUGCUAGCAGUUUGUGAAAAGAAAAGGAAGGUUUUGUGCAUGGGAGGUGGACAGGUUAUCCCGCAUCUUGAAAAUUGA